UGGUCAGAGUUGUGUAUAGAGAGUAUGAGAUAGGGAAAUACGGGCUUGCGAGUGAGAAAAAAAGAUUGACGGAAUCCAUCGGGUAUCCAAACUACCAGCUGGUUGGCAAGGGAGUCUCAAACGAGCAGCAGUUACCAGUGUGACGCGGAUUCCCGUGAGCGGAUCGUGUCGUACUGCUGAUACGAGGUCCGUUCAUCCUCGCCGUCGUCGUUGUCAUCAUCAUUCAUCAUCAUCUCCAUCAUCAUCGUCACCACCAUCACUACCAGCAGCAACACCAGCAUCACCUUGAUCGUCGUCGGACUGUCAUCUCCACGAACUCAUUUGAGCUUGUGCGCUUAAACUCUGGUUGCUCUGGUUCUUCCACUGCUGAUGGGCCUGCAGUAGAAUCGCUCCCACUCGUAAAAUUGUGUGCUCCCGCGUUAGCUCAUAGUGACACACACACACACUGAGUGCCCAGAGAGAAAGAUAGAUAAGUGUGCGAGAGAGAUAGUAAUUUUGGUCUGGGGGAGACGUAGCAAGAAGAAUUCUAUCGGUGUGGCAAGCAGUUCGUCCCUGGCAGUCGGUCUCAUCACGUCCCGUCCCGUUUUAUUCACACACACAUACAUCUAUUGUACACAACACAUUGACAUUUACCCACAUAUAUAUACACACGUCCACCUGCCUGUAUAUAUACACAAGUUGACACAGUAAUAUACCAACGACGUACGCACGCACACUUGUUUUUUGUGUGCGCGCAAACGAAUCAAGAUGGCUGCUGACUCGGGAAUGGAGACGUGUCCCUCCCCAGAAAUCGCGGACUCCAGGAAAAGGCCUCUUGACUGCGACGCGGAGAACGGAGCCACCAAGAGGUCACACUACGGAACAGGAGGAGAUGGAAUGUAUCAUCUCAAAGUACUUGUCCCGGGAGUGGCUGCUGGGGCUAUCAUCGGCAAAGGCGGUGAAACAAUCGCCCAGCUACAAAAAGACACAGAUGCUAGGGUUAAAAUGUCAAAAGCCCGAGAUUUUUAUCCAGGUACCUCGGAACGUGUGUGUCUGAUAACUGGAAGCGUUGAUUCCAUAAUGGCUGUAAUGGAUUUUAUAAUGGAAAAAAUUCGCGAAAAACCAGAUUUAACGUCCAAGAUAACAGUGGACUUUGACUCUGGCAAAGCAACGGCAGAGAGAGACAAACAGGUAAAGAUACUGGUACCAAAUAGCACGGCAGGAAUGAUUAUUGGCAAGGCAGGGAAUUAUAUAAAACAAAUAAAAGAAGAUUCAGGAUCGUACGUACAGAUAAGUCAGAAGGCCAAAGACUUAUCGCUCCAAGAACGCUGUAUCACUGUAAUUGGAGAAAAAGAAAACAAUCGUAGCGCAUUACUUAUGAUACUAGCUAAAAUUGCCGACGAUCCACAAAGCGGCACGUGCCUAAACGUCAGUUAUGCUGACGUAAGCGGUCCAGUAGCCAAUUAUAAUCCUACAGGCAGCCCCUACGCCCAGGCACCUGGGACCGCACCCACAUACACAACUCCAGCUGGCCUCAAUACCGUGAGUCUGUUGAACGGCGCUGGUUUAAGUUUAAACUUGAACUUAGGCGCUGCAAUAACCGCCGGCACGGCACCCGUAACUACUCAACUUCUUGAGCAUAUUAAAUUAAAUUUGAGAAGUACGGGUUUCUCCGACGCGGCGGCAACUGAAAUUCUCACGGCGAUUGCCACGCUAGCCAAAUACAAUAUCCUGGGUAUGGGUAUUGGCAUGCCAUCGAGUGUGAGUUACCUGGGCAAUCCAAUUGACACCACAACAUCAGCUAACGGGUCAAACAACAAUGGAGGAGUAUUUGGUCCGAUUGGUACGGUACCGACACUUGGAUCCACAUCGCCAACACCAAGGAAUACACUAGAGAGAUACGAGGCGUUCGAUCCAUUUCGACAGAACAACACUGCUGCUGGUGCCAUUCAUCUGAACAACAACUCAUUCGGACUGGGCACAAACCAAUUGUCACUCGUAAGUAAGAGUCCUACUCAGGUAGACACCAACAGCAAGGAGACCAAGAAAGUAGAUAUAGAAAUUCCAGAGGUUAUAGUGGGAGCUAUACUGGGACCCGGUGGUCGCGCCCUCAUUGAGAUUCAACAGCUAAGUGGUGCCAACAUUCAGAUAUCUAAGAAGGGUAUGUUCGCGCCCGGUACGAGGAACCGCAUUGUCACUAUCACGGGUUUUCCAAAUGCUAUCGGGAUCGCUCAAUACUUGAUCGAGCAACGGAUCAACGAGGAAGAAGCUAAAAGAGCGCGUCACAAUGUCAUUGCCGGCAUGAUCCAUUGAUUCCACGCGACUCAACCGCGAUCAUCCCCAUUAUUGACUUCCAUCGUUUAUUUAAAUCCACUCUGACUAAAUGAGGGUAAAUUUUAUUGUCCCCCCUUGAAAAAAAAUCAUCAAGGCCAACAGUGUUUGCAUUCUCCGAUCUUUGCGUCAGUCUUGGUCUCUACAGCUCCCAAUAAUAACAAUAUUAAUAAUAAUAAUAAUAGUAAUAGUAAUAAUUAUAAUAAUAAUUAUAAAAAUCUCUCGUCUCUGUCGUUAUGCAUCACUAUUUUAGGCGCUUAUUGCAUUGCCAAUAUCAUCAUCUCAUGCAUCUAUCACGGCUCGUUAACAUUUAUCUAUACAUAAGAUUAUUAAUAUAUAAAUAUUAUAUCGUUAUUUACCUGUUCGUUAUACAAUUAAUACAAUUGUGCUGUGAUACACCACGUUACGGGGCUUUAUCACACAUUCAUUAUGUAUAUUAACACAUACACACACAAGUACACACACAACUCAAAGGUAUACUGGAUAUAGACCACUGCGAAAAUUUUUAUGAAACCACUCUCUAUUGAGUGCUACGACAUUUUAAUUUACUUUUUACGCGGGUAAUGUUUAACGCUAAAAAAUUAUUCUUUCUUUUCCGUAUUCUCCAUCAGAUGUAUUUUCACAUGACGUUACAUAUUGAUAAUAAUUGUUAUAAAGUUUUAAAUUAAACAUCAUUAAUUUUUUAAAACUUUUGAAUAACAGUUGCCAUGUCAUUCAUAGAAGUUGUGCUUUACAUAAUUGAUAGAAAAAAAAAAAAACAAUUUUUUUUUAGGAAGCUUUUCCAACGAAGAAAUAAUUAGACUGAAAUUUUAAUUUCUCUCUCCUUUUUUCUCUCACUAAUUUUUUUCAUUUCUUCUCGCUACCUAUCACUGAUUUUGUCUGACAAAUAAAUAAAUUUUUUUCCUUUAUUUUAAUUUGUCAGAUAAAAUUCAAUAGUCAAUACCAAAGAUUAAUUUUCACAAAUCCAGAGUAAUAUUUUUUUUAAUUUUUUUGUCAAAUAAUAUAUUUAUAUAACUGGCUGGUCCGGUUAUAUAUAACAAAUGAAUAAAUAUAUAUACGAUAUCUUUUUCAUCGAUUGUUAUAUUUUUACGCGAUAAUAAUAAUCGCUCAAAGUUUAUAUAUUUACAGAAUUACAACACAUAUCUUUUGUACUUGUUCCAUUGUCUACUGUAUAUUUAAUUAAUUAAUUCAGUAUAUAAUAUAUUAAUUGUUAUUUUUCAUAUUAUUAAUUUUUUUAUCAUACAUAUAUAUAUAUAUAUUAAUAUAUAACCGUGAGAUGUGAAAUAUUAAUUUUAUUAUUUUUAUUAUAAUCACAAACGUUUCAAUCUAAUUAUUUCUUCAUUUAAAAGCAUAAAUUCUCAUGACUUGCAUACAUUAAUAUUUAAAAACAGUUGAUAUUAUUUUUGCGUGUUGCAUUGAUGUUGUAACGAAUAGUUUAAAGAAAAAUAAAUAAAUAAAUUAAAGAUAUAGAAAUUUAAAAAUAAUAACGCAUACACCAAGUAGAUUUAGAUAUAGAUGAUGAUAAAUAGAGAGAAAAAAAAAAAGGUCAUAUACAAAUGAUCAUAAAAAUUAAUAAAAGUGGUUAAUAAAUCAAAGAUAUAUUGUACAAUAUACAGGGCAACAGACAGGAUACGUAAAGUAUGUGACCGAAUAUUUUUUUAUUCCGUACUGGAGAUGGUUUUAGUAACCACGAAAAAAAAAUAAAAAAAAAAUCAAGGCAAUUAUUAUGUCCAAAAUAAUGAGCAAUCGCUCUCAUAGAUGAAUUUUUUUAUAGAAAAUAAAUUAUAUAAAUCUAUAUAUCUAUAUUUAUAUACAUACAUAU